UUUUCAAGUCUCCAUUUCCAUCACCCUAAGCCCAAAACGGUCGCUAUCUUCUUAUUCUUUAGAUCCUUUGUCUUUGAGACCCACAAAAGAUUCAAGCUGAAUGACAUUCUGGAGGAUUUAGCUUUGCUGAAUGAGGUCGAGUUGAACGUCUUCAAACCAGAGAUUACCAUCGUAGAUUUGAGCUAAAUCUUCACUGGAUUCACUUAUUUUUAUUGGGUUUCGUAAGCCGCUGAAAGGAGAUUCUAUUUCGGUAGAAUAUUCGAUUGCAAGCUCUCUAACUAAACCGUUUCUCUCUAUUAGAAGGAGGGGAGUGAGAAAGUAAAAGAACCAAGGAAGGAAGACUAUUUUCUUCAAGCAUCUGCAUUCUUGAAGAUUUUAAAGUAAGAGUUGGACUAGCUUGUCAGAAAUGCACUGAUCAAUGAGAUGGUGAUCAAAGCAACGUGUUGAAUUUGGGAGCCACAGAAAAGAAUGGAGUGAGAAGGCAGGGAGGUUUGAAGUCUUUUGAAUACGAGUCUCGGUAGCUUGGUGUCUGUGAAUAGAAAAUAUAUUCAUCUUUUUGCCCAUUAGAAAUGAUCUGAGUAAUACCAUUGGAAUCAGACAAAAUCUUGUUGAAUCGAAAUAAUCAAGCUUAUUGGAAUUGGGAGCAUUGGAGAAGAAUACAAUUGUAAAAGAAUACAGCUAACAAAUGAACACAUGUGGGGAGAUGAAGAGUCUAUUAAAAUUUCACAUAAUCACAUCGAUGGUGAAUGUUUUAUUGUAUGUAUGCUUAUUAUUAACAUUGCCUCUUGGUGUAUUCCCCCUUCGGACUCUACCUUCUGAUCCAUGUGACCCAGCAAAUGAGCCUGACCCACGAAACCUCCGACCAGAUCAAAUCACUGUCCUUAUUAAUGGUUAUUCUGAGUCUCGCAUUCCUCUCCUUCAGACAAUUGCUGCCACAUACUCUGCCUCUGCACUAGUAUCCUCUGUGCUCGUCCUCUGGGGAAACCCUUCCACUUCUUCCCAAACACUGGCCCACUUGGCCCAUAAUCUCUCUCUCUCCUCAUUUGGCCCUGCAACCAUCUCCCUUGUCCGCCAACCUUCAAGCAGCCUCAAUGAUCGAUUCCUGCCAAGAUCAUCCAUUGGGACACAAGCUGUCUUGAUUUGCGAUGAUGAUGUGGAGGUUGACCCUAAAUCUUUUGAUUUCGCUUUUCGGAUUUGGAGAUCAAAUCCUGAUAAUCUGAUUGGGUUCUUUGUUAGAUCUCAUGAUCUUGAUUUGUCAGCAAGGAAGUGGAUUUACACGGUGCAUCCUGAUAAAUACUCAAUUGUGCUUACCAAGUUCAUGAUUUUGAAAAGCCAGUAUCUGUUUGAGUAUAGUUGCAAGGGUGGAUCGAACAUGAGUGAAAUGAGGAAGAUCGUUGAUCAAAUGCAAAACUGUGAAGAUAUACUGAUGAAUUUUGUGGUAGCUGACCAUGCAAACAAAGGGCCUAUAUUGGUGGGGGCAGAGAGGGUUAGGGAUUGGGGAGAUGCUCGUAAUGAUGACAAUGAUGAUGGAAAGUUGAGAUUGAAGGAUGAGGAAGGGAAGAGUGUAAGAGCAGUGGGGUUGAGUAGUAGGCGAGCGGAGCAUAGGAGGAGGAGAGGGGAAUGCAUAAGGGAAUUUCAUAAGUUGUUAGGAAGGAUGCCAUUGAGGUAUAGUUAUGGGAAAGUACUUAAUUCCGUUGGCGAACAAGGAUUGUGCAUGAAAGGAGGCAAGUUGGUCUUUUGCGAUCAAUACCAGUGAAAAUCAGAAAAUGUUCAUCUUCUUGCUUUCCUUAUAUUAUGGUUUGUAACUCUUAUUUAAUUGCUGGAAAAUGUAAUACAACUUGCAUUUGCAUUUGCAUUUGAUGCAUAUGCAACAAAUUGAUGGGAAUGUAUGGAAAAGGUGGGAGUAUGAGAGAUGCAUCCUGGGUGUUUGAUAGAAUGCAGAAGAGGAACAUGGGUUCUUAGCGUUUGUUGAUAAGCGAGGAUGCAGCAGAUUGGCAGGGCAAUAAUGGUAUGCUGUUGUUUGAGUCUGUCAUUGAACUAAGUCUUCCACUGAUUGCAGCUGGGGAGAAUAUAAGCUGUAAGAUUCUUACCAUUGCAACAGGUGUUCGGUCUUUGAAGCUUGAAGAAUUUGGAGUGAGUGGAUCAAAUGUUGAAAAUGUUUGUUCUUUAUGAGAUUUAACUGAUGCGUGUAAAAGAGGGUGCUGGAAUCCCAAGGAGAAUGAGAUGAAAUUGGGCAAAGACAGAGGAAGAAAAUAUGGUUCCUGUCCACAAAGAAGCUGGGCAUGUGAAUAUAUGUGCGAACCAUGUCUGAAUUCUUUUGAGUUCCUUGAGGACAAGGAACUUCUUGAGGGGAAUGCAUUGAUAUGAUACAUUUGGCAACAAAAAAUGUAGGGGAAAGGAAUAUAAACAUUCUGAAGUUGUUAUGCUUUCUGUUGCAGUAUAGGCGGACCUGGUAGAUGAUUAGUUAGGAAAUCUGUUACUUCUGCACGUGGCUGAGUGAUUAGCUAUAAUAAGUGAGAUUCUGUAAGGCUAGGCAUGCUUGUAAUUCCUAUUGUUGAAAAGAUUCCUUUCUUUGAUUUGUGUUCUCA